AUGCAAGCAGGAGAACCGAUUGAGGAAUUGAAGUCGGCUGCUUCAACGGAAAACGAAUUUGGAUCAGUGUCCGCUGAUGUCAAAGAAGAAAAUAUGCCGGAUGCCAUCGAGCCAGCUUCCUCAGUGAAUGGGCAUGGCUCAGACGUGGCCUCCGAGGGGGAGGUACAACAGAAGGGACAGGUGCUACCAAAGCAACCAGAGCUUAGAGUGCUACAUCACAAAAUUAGUGGCUACGUGGGGUUCGCGAAUCUACCCAAACAAUGGCACAGGAAGUCAAUCAGGCGCGGGUUCAGUCUGAAUCUGUUGUGUGUAGGGCAGGGUGGUCUCGGAAAAUCCACCUUGAUCAACACACUUUUUAACAAACAGCUGUAUGACUUGGAAGGGAAGCCUACUGAAGAUCUGGCAGCACUGAAGCUGGAGGAUUCAGAGAACCUUUCAGAAUCGCUAGAGAGACCGCAGGGUGAAGAGCAACCUUCUGUGAAGAUUGAGACGAUAUCUACGGAUAUUGAAGAGAAUGGCGUCAAGCUGGCUCUUACCGUCGUUGAUGCGCCUGGCUUUGGCGAUGCCAUCGACAAUACAGACUCCUGGGUUCCUAUAGUGCGGGAAAUAGACUCGCGGUUUGACCAAUACCUCGACGCCGAGAACCGCAUCGACAGGGAUGUGAUCCAGGACCAUAGGAUUCAUGCCUGCUUAUACUUCAUAGAGCCCACUGGACACUGCCUAGCGCCGCUGGACCUGGAGUUCUGCAAAGCGGUGCAUCAAAAGUGUAACCUGAUUCCGGUAAUUGCAAAGUCCGAUAUCUUGACAGACGAGGAGAUUGAACAAUUCAAGCACACUAUCAAGACCCAGCUGGACAACGCUGGUGUUGAGUUGUUCGAGCCCCCUCAAUAUUCCUUAGAUGACAAAGACACUGUUGCCCGCUGCGCCGCGCUCUGCACGAGAAUGCCAUUCGCCGUAGUAGGAUCAACCUCAGAAGUCUCAACCCCCGAUGGAAGAAGAGUGAGAGGACGUAGCUAUCCUUGGGGUGUCAUUGAGGUCGACAACGAGUCUCAUUCUGACUUCGUGCACCUUCGCGAUUUGCUAAUCAGACUAUACUUGAUGGAGCUGCGCGAAAAGACCGAGAACGUGCUGUUCGAGAGAUACAGAUCUGAAAAACUGAUGUCCUUGGGUAUAAAGCAAGACAAUUCCGUGUUCAAGGAAUAUGACCCAGAACUCAAGCAAAAGGAAGAGAAGCAGCUCCACGAAGCCAAGUUGGCGAAACUUGAGGCGGAGAUGAAAGCAGUCUUCCAGCAGAAGGUGAACGAAAAGGAGAAGAAAUUACAAAAGUCGGAAGCAGAACUGUUUGCGAGACACAAAGAAAUGAAAGACAAGCUACUCAAGCAAUUGAAGGCUCUGGAAGACAAAAAACACCAAUUGGAAAUGUCCUAUGCUAACCAGUCCGCGAACUCCCCAGCACAAACCAAGAAGAAGGGUUUCUUGCGCUAA